GCUCCUUAAAACACAAGGGCCUUCCGGCUGCCUGACUGUUCCUUCAUCCCCACACGCUCUCUCUUCCUAGUUCUCGCUUUCCUUUCCGCCAAUGCUCGCUCGCUCCUUUACUUCAUUGGCCGCCCUCGCCCUCGCUGGGCUGUCGCUUGCUCAGAGCAGCGACUCCUCUUCGUCAGCUCUUUCUUCUUCUUCUGCUACUAGCGCGACCGCCUCUCAACCUGCCUCCACUGACUCGUCUUCGGCCACCACCACAGGCUCAACCGCCCAGGAGACGCCUGGCUUCGUUAACAACGGCACAGUCGGCGCCUACUCGUGCGCCUUUAGCGAGCCCCAGCAGGCCAAUGUGACCGCGCCCGUCAACCAGCUCGUCUUUCUCGCCGACGCGCCCAACGUGACCGCGACCGACGGCAGCGACAGCAGCAACAUUUCGUCGCCAGCGCGCCUCGCACCAACGACACUGGCUGAAUGUGCCGAGGCCUGGCCGCCCGUCUACCCGUACAACGCCAUCCAGCUGCGGGCGCCCGACGACUCGAUCCGUGCCGUCUACCUGCCAUACGGCGCCUCGGUCUCGGAGCUGUGGGUCAAGGACCGCAACGGCGUCUUCCGCGAUGUCGUCCUUGGUUUUGACAACAAGACCAACUACGGGACGGACAAGAUCCACCCCAACUUUGGGCCCCAGGUGGGCCGGUACGCGAAUCGUAUCAAGAACGGCACCUUUGAGAUCAACGGUACCACCUACCACACGCCCCUCAACGAGAACAAUUACGACACGCUGCACGGCGGCACCGUCGGCUACGACCGCUCCCCUUACGAGAUCACCCAGCUCAACGCGAGCUCCGUCACUUUUGUCCUCCACGACGCCGACGGCAACCAGGGCUUCCCCGGCAGCGUCGUCGCCUCGGCCUCCUACACGCUGCAGAACAGCUCGACGCUGAUCCAGGCCAUGGACGCAAACGUGACCGAUGACAAGUACUCGCCCAUCAUGCUCUCCUCGCACACCUACUGGAACCUGGCCGCAUACAAUGAGAGCCAGACGAUUCUCAACCACACCCUCUUCAUGCCCAGGGCCGACAAGUACAUCAAGACGGACGGCCACCUGAUCCCCACAGGCCCCAUCCCUGACACCAAGGGCACCCCGCUCGACUUUACCCAGGCGCGCACCAUCGGCAGUCAGUACAAUGACACAGAGGGCGUCUGCGGCACCAAUUGCACGGGCUACGACACGUGCUUUGUCAUGUCGUCCCACGACCGCAACGAGACGGUGCUUGAGCUGACGUCGCCCGAGAGCGGCAUCAAGAUGUCGGUCAAGACGGACCAGGAUGCGAUCCAGAUCUACAGCUGCCCCGGCGUCUCUGCGCCGGCAACCAAGGGCUCCCUGCCCCGGAAGCGGGUGCACGGCGGCGACGGCACCCUCGACGAGAUCUACGACAACAACAGCUGCGUCGUCGUCGAGAUGGAGGACUACAUCGACGGCAUCAACAACCCGGCGUGGAACAGGAGCCAAAUCUAUAGCAAGGACAGGCCCUACCACUGGCGGGCAGAGUACUCGUUCAGCACCGUCGAAUGAGCAGAAUUUUCUUUUGCUACUUGUGCCUUGUUGAUGAAGAAAUGAGAUG